AUGGAGAUGGAGCCGGAAGCCUUCAGCCCUGGCGGGGACGUUGCCAGCUCAGACUCCACCUGCUACCAAUGCUCCUCAUGUCGGGCCGACGAGGAGCGGAGCUGCGCCAACUCCAUGCGUGGGCGGGCCAAGACGCGCAGCUUGUCUGCAUCUCCGGCCCUAGGCAGCACCAAAGAAUUCAGGUAUGAAGCCAGAGGCACUGAAUUGACUCACGUAAAUCUAUGCCAUCUGCUGGCCGCUAAGCUACAUUUGUGCAUGUGUGCCAGAGGUUGCCCAUUGUCAGAACUCCCAUAGCUUUCUGACGGUAGGAAAGGAACCCUGGCAAUCAUCUCCUGAACAUCUGAAGAUCUUUGCCCUUUGUUAACAGGGAUGUCUGUGCAACAAGAUCCUGUCCAAACACUGAGAGAGGUGGUAUUUUAUUUUAUUUUUAAUAUUUCUGUACCAUUUAUAUUAAAAGAUCUCUCAGAGCGGUUUGUAAAUGUUUUGUAAAAAAGAAAGAAAGAAAGCAUAUUUAAAACAAUUUAAAAUAGAGAAACCAAAUUGCAGAGUCCUAUGGCAGAAAAGUUACAGGGAAAUGUCAAGCAAUUAAAUCGGGUUUUCUUCUCUUAUAACACUAGACCUCACAGACAUCCAGUGAAGCUGAAUGUUGGGAGAUACAGAACAGAUAAAAGAAAGGGCUUCUUCACACAGCACAUAGUUCAGCUAUGGAUGCCCACUAACUUGGAUAGCUUUUUAAAAGAAUUGGGCAAAUUCAUGGAGGUUAGGACUAUCAACGAUUACCAGCUAUGAUGGUUAUGUUCUGGCUCUAUGGUUAGAUUGCUUCUUGUCCUUGAAUCCUGCUUGUAGGUUUCCUAGAGGCAUCUGGAGAGAGCAGGAUGCAGGAUUAGAUGGGCCAAUAGCCUGGUGCAGGAAGUUCUUAUGUUCUUACUAAACAAUGAAGGCAUCCAAUAGUUCGUGCCUCCUGAAUAAUGGAGAGGAAGGCAUUCCAGAAGUAAGGGACCACCACAAAAAAGGCCCUGCUUACAUGCUUCUGCCAGAUGUCUCUGUAGGUCAUGGCUUCGCAAGGCCUCUGAUUACCUUUGUGAUCUACUCAGCUGGUAUCAGGGAAGCCUGUCCUUUAGGUAAUCUGGUCCCAAGUUGUUCAAAGCUUUAUUUGUUCAUAACAAAAUAUUGGAUUGCUCAAUAGGCUAACAGGCAGUCUGUGCAGUUCUUUCAACACUGGUUCUUUCAACACAUAUGCAUGACAAGAGGCUCCAGGUCAGUAUCCUAGCUGCCGCAGUUUGCACCAGCUGAAGUUUCCAAGCCUCAAUGGUAGCCCCAUAUAGAGCUCAUUAUGAGAAUCUAAUUGGAAGGUGCCAAUGUAAGUAUCAUAGUGGUCAGGCUAUCCCCAUCCAGGGUAGGCAUACUAACCAUAGGUGGCAAUAUGUGCUCCUUGCUGUUUGAGACAAUGUGUGUCCCAAGUGACAACGCUGAAUCUAGGAGGACGCCCCCACCCAAACUACAUACCCAUUCAGGAUACGCAAACUUCCCAACUUCCAAAUCUGGGAAACCAGUUACCCACAGAGCCUCCACCACCCAGCUCUUCACUGCAGGCAAGCCCUGGUUCAGGUCAUGCACAGCCUCUCCUGAUUCAGAUUUUGCCCAGAAAUAGAACUGGAUGUCAUCAGCAUAUUUCUGGCACCUCGCCAAAAGAAUAAAUAAAUCUCCUAAUGACUGCUCUGAGUGGUUGGUCCAAUAGGUGUUAAAUAGCAUUGGAGAAAAGUUGGUUCCCCCUGCAGCACCCCGCAGUACCCUUUGUCAAAAGAUCACAAGGUGGCCCAGAACCUAGAACAUAAGGAACAGUGUGUGUCAGUGCACAACAUAAUAGCCUUAUAUAGCAAAACAAUUAAAAGUUAAUAGUAAUAAGCAGUGAAUGUAGUACACUGGUCACGUAAUGCAUACUUACUAAGCAGCAGUGUCAACUUUUACACAGUAUCGUCCUGUCAAUCUGGAGUGCAAUAACAUCAGUUAUUACCUCUUUUUUUGGGGUGCAACUAUAAAGCAGCAUAUCUAAAGCAGUAUAUCUAACAACAGCCUUCUGAAAAAGAAGUGAGCAGGCAAAUCAGUAGCAGGCUAUCUAAACUGUAUAAAGUCCUUCUAAAGUGUAUAGUCCCACCAUCUCUCUCCCACUUUCAUGGGAGUGCAGUUCUUGCCCCCUAAUGGUAACCCAGGAGGGGAGACACCAAAGGGUUAAGUACCUGUGGCAUCUCCCUCUUGAUUUUUUUUAUACAGCUUUAUAGUUUUGCGAUGACCUAUACACACACACACACACACACACACACGCAUAUACAUGAUGGAAGCCUACCAACUUGUUCUCAGACAGCCGGGAUGGAAAACAGCUUUUCACCAAGACACACAACCAGGAAAAGAAGGUUGUAAAAAUCCACUGUAGCUCAGUGGUAGAGCAUCUGCUUUGUAAGCAGAAAGUCUCAUGUUCAAUCUAUGGCAGGCAUGUCCAAAAUCCAUUUCGGGGGCCUAAUCUGGCCCGUCAGCUGAUUUAAUCCGCCCCCCGUGGCAGUAUAUGUCCCGGGGUAAAAUCCUAAAAGGAAUGUGGGUGGCGCUGUGGGUUAAACCACAGAGCCUAGGACUUGCCGAUCAGAAGGUUGGUGGUUCGAAUCCCCGUGACGGAGUGAGCUCCCAUUGUUCGGUCCCAGCUCCUGCCCACCUAGCAGUUAGAAAGCACGUCAAAGUGCACGUAGAUAAAUAGGUACCGCUCCAGCAGGAAGGUAAAUGGCGUUUCCGUGCACUGCUCCUGUUCACCAGAAGUGGCUUAGUCAUGCUGGCCACAUGAUCCGGAAGCUGUCUGCAGACAAACGCCAGCUCCCUUGGCCAAGAGAGCGAGAUGAGCUCCGCAACCCCAGAGUGUCCGCGACUGGACCUAAUGGUCAGAGGUACCUUUACCUUUACCUUUACCAGGCUGGCCUAGCUAUUCCAGUAAUUGAAUCUGUGCUGGAUCCAGAAGGAUUGAUUUGUGUUUUGAGAAUUAUAGGUCUAAGAUAUAAAAUAAAUGUACCAGGCAAACACAUACAUAAAUAUAUAAACCACAUGUCUGAAACAGUACAGGAAAAUAAUCCUGAAGUCAUUUCGACUCUCCCCGUGACCUCAGAUAUUCCUCUGCUGUUUGGAUGGAAAUGGGAAAAGCCUCCCCAUUGUCUCUGUGCUCACAAAUCCUGCCUUAAGGGCACAUUUGGGUAUGAAUAGGGUGAGCCUGUGACCUGGACUCAGGAAUUAAGUAUUUAUCAUCACAAAAGAAUGGCCAGGCUCUCAAAGUAAACUCAUCAACAGGUUUCUUCCAGUCAGGAUUCUGCUGUAGAUGGCCCCUUUUGUGAUGUAUGUAUGAUGUAUUGGGGGGUGGUCUUGGGCUCCAGGGUGGGCAAUUUCAAAAGUCUUUAUAACGGGCUUGCACACCAUUGUUCCGGGUUCCUCCUCCCUCCUGCAUGUGGUGAGUGAGCACCCUGUUGCAGCAGUUAAUAAAGAUCAGGCUUGCUAGCUGCUUUGCUUCUCAGUAUUCUCUGGUUGGCCUCUGUUAUUUUCUCGUACCGAUAGAAAACCUACAUAAGGACUCUUGGGUGCCCCAUAACAGAAAAGGAGCAGGUUUUUUUCUUAUAACAAUUAGAUUUUAACAUUUGCUGGAUCCAGGGAUUAGAGGGGUCUGGCACACCCACACACUCAUAACAACAAUAAUAAUGAGCUUAAAGAUAAAGUCUGUCUCACUGCAUUCAAAUGAGGCAUCAGGAAUUCUAUAUUUCUUAAAAUGACAGCUGGAAAGUUUUUAAAUACCAGGCAGUUUUGUUUCCCCAUUAAACAGAACCAACAGUUGUGUGGUCUCUUGAAGUAGCUUUUUGUGGUUUCAGCUGUAUGGUGACUAAUGAUGGUGCAAAGGUAACUCGCCAGAGAUUGCUUUGUUGCUCCACAGUAUGCAAGUGCUGCCCAUUUUCUAUCUGAUUUGCCAGACUUAAUGGCUGUGAAAGCUUGUCACGUGGACAACUGGGACUGCUGGUAAUCUGUGCAGGGAUCAUUGCCCGGGUUGUCAUCACAAGAAAGGAAGGUGCUGCUUGCUCGAUCGCCAGAGUGCCUGCCUGUCACCUCUGUACAGCUUGAGACCAUGGAGUUGCUUAGCAGGUAGAAUUCUCUCUCUAGAGUGAUAGACGAUGGCUGCAAUGUGGAGCUUUAGAGCUUAAAUGAAGGCAAGUUGAAGCUUGGAUCUCUUAGGGUGGAAAUCUUAAUUGUUUGUGGGCCAUUGCCUUGCAACAACUCUUAACUUUUUAGCACAUCCACCUUUGUGCUACCCUCUCUGUUUUCCUCUUGUCUUUGGUUCUCCUUUCUUCUUUCUGUCUCCCCCCUUAUCAUACUUUAGAGAAGGAAAAGGGGAGGACAAUACUGUUGGUGCAAACCAUUUUAGGUGCAAUCUGGUCAUCAGCUGAAUCCCACUUGCUGAAAACCACUAAUCUAGGGGAAGAAGGGUUUGUGUGCACACGUGUGCGUAUACUCUCCAGGGUUCUGCAGUGCUGGUUGUAGAAGGUAUUUUUCCCCAACCAAUGUAAUCAGGUUGAUGCUCUUUAAGGUAGAAAUUGGCAUCUGGCUGGCUUGCUCCAAAUGUCUUUCUUUACGUGGGGAAAAAGAAACAGAAAAGUAGAUAGGAGAACCUGCAAGUGGGUGAAAGGCAGUACUGAAAUUUGUGGUUGCAGCUGAGGGUGUAGGAGGUGGCUAGAUAAGGGAGUGUCUUGUUUACCUUGAAAGUAAGUCUCACUCACUGUGUAUAAUGACACUUCUCCCUAGUAAGAGUGUUUUACAAUUGCAGCCUUAGUUGCCUAACUUGAAUAAAACUUUAUACUUGGAGAGGGAUCGGGAAAGAGAUCGUGGCCUGCCUUCUGGUGUCUCUUGUAAAAGUGUAAUAGAAAGGUGCUCCUGCUGUCUUGUCGGUGCAUGCAUUGGGGCGGAAGGGGAGUAUCAGGACAGUUUUUUAAAAAAAUGAUCUGAUUUGUCCUAAUCAAACCAGCUUAGCCACCUUUGCAACACCCAGUACAUUAAAUCUAAGUGAAUCUUGCUAGCUGGCACCUUGCAAAAGAAUCUGUUUUCCUUUUUGCCUUGAGGUGACAUGACUUGUGUCUUCUCCUUUAGUACCUGAAUUGCAGGUUGCCAGACUGAGCCUUCAUCCUGGCAUGAGUGAACCCACGUUUGAUAGAAUUGUAGAGUUGGAAAGGGACACUGAGGGUCUUCUCUCUGCAAUGCAGCAAUCUUAACCAAAGCAUCCAAGACAUAUGGCCAUCCAACUUCUGCUUUAAAACCUCCAAAGAGAGGUAGUCCACCACCUCCUGAGGAAGUCAGCUCCAGUGUCAAAACAGCUCUUACUGUCAGAAAGUUCUUCCUGAUGUUUAGAUGGAAUCUUCUUUCUUGUAACUUUGAAGACAUUGCUUCAAGUCCUACCCUCCAGAGUAGGAGAAAACAAGCUUGCUCCAUCCUUCAUGUGACAGCUCUUAAGAUAUUUGAAGAUGGCUAUCAUAUCUCCAGCCAGUGUCUUUUCCAGGCUAAACAUCCCCAGCUCCUUCAACCAUACCUCAUAAGGCUUUGUUUUCCAGACCCUUGGUCAUCUUGGUCGCCCUCCUGUGCACACGUUCCAGCUUGUCACUGAACACACUACUCCAGGUGUGGUCUGACAAAGGCAGAAUAGAGCGGUACAAUUAUUUCCCUUGAUCCGGACACUAUACUGCUGCUGCUGCUGCUGCUGCUGCUGCUGCAGCAGCCUGGAUGUGCGUUAGCUUUUUUUUGCUGCUGCAUCACACUGUUGACUCAUGCUCAACUUGUGGUCUACUACGACCCCUAGAUACUUUUCACAUGUACUAUUGACAAUUCAGGCAGGGGCGUAGGAAGAGGGGAUGGUCGGGGCGGGCCGCCCCAGGUGUCAUCCAUGGAGAGGGGACAAAAUCCCCCCUGGGCGGAUCGCUGCCCCACCCCCCUGGGACCAGUCGCUGCACCAAUUGCCCCCCUGGGUGCCAAUCUCCCCCAAAGGGCGCCGAUCACCGCACUGAUCGCCCCCAAUGGGCGCCAAUCGUGCCCCUGGAGGCCAAUCACACCCAAUGGGCGCUGAUCACCGUGCCGAUCGCCCCCUGGGUGCUGAUCACCACGCCGAUUGCCUCCAAUGGGCGCCGAUUGCCAUGCCGAUUGCCCCCCUGGGUGGCUCGCCCUGACCCCCAGGUGCACGGCAUGUGCACCGCUCCGGGUGCCUGAGCAGCUAGUUCUGCCGCUGAAUCCAGGUGUUCCCCAUCUUAUAUUUGUGCAGCUGGUUCUUUCAACCGAAGUGCAGAAUUUUGCAUUUGUCCCUAUUGAAAUUCAUUUUGUGAGUUCUCCAAUCUGUUAAAGUAAUUUUGAAUCCCUAUUGUGUCUUCUGUGACAUUAGCUCUCUCUCCCAGUUUGGUGUCAUUUGCAGAUUUGAUGAGUGCCCGCUCUAUUACUUCAUCCAAAUCGUCUAUAAAGACAUUGAACAACAACAGGCCCAGGACAAAACCCUGCAGGUCUUAAUCCGCAUCUUGGAGCAGUUGCUUCUGUACAGAGUUAGGGUACAUAUAGAUGCACUUCAGUUUAGCUGUUGAGGAGAGACGUGAGGGCCUGUUACUUUAGCACUGUUCCCUUUUAUGGAUGUGUGUGACAAUGUACCGUGUCACUUGAUGGUUUUCAGCAUAAAACAGUAUAAAAUAUUCAUUUAAACAUAGGAAUAAAAACAGACUUUAAAGCAGUAAACACUUUGUAUUCAGCUAAAUCCUACCCAGAAUAAACCAUUGAAAUUAAUGGGCCAAAGUUAUUUAUGUAUUGUUAAGUUCUCCUUUCUAGGUCCUAGUGAGACACUAGCCACUACACCGCUGGCUUAGCCACCUCUGUUAGGACAAUAGCUCCCACUGCCAUCCUUCAGGGUGAACAAACUGGGCUGAGGAGAGCUAGAACUUGCUCAGCUCUUACAAAGCUAGUAAAAAUAAAAAUAAGAUAAAAUCACAGACUAGGUAGCGUUUGUGAGCUUAUUUACACAGCUGCCUUAAAGUCCAUUGUUCCUGUUCUAAAACUCUUUCUUCCCAUCCGCCAUAGGAAAGCAUAGAUUCUCAGAGUGCUGCAUCCACUAAUAAUUCUGUGAGGUCGGUUAGGCUAAGAGGCAGUGGCCGGGCCAAAGCCACCCAGUGGGCUUCAUGGCCAAGUGGGUAUUGCAACCCUGGUUCUCCUACGUCUUAGUCUCACACUCUAACCACUACACUGGCUUUGAAUCUGGAGGUCAUUUGGGCUGUGGCAAUACAUGAAUGUGGAGAUGAGGAUGCAGGCAGAGUCGAUUUGAAGUUGCUAAAGUUCAUGGGACUGUUUAGUCACUGUUCUAGGUACCCGUGAUGAUGGGGAUUACUGCUUAAGUAAUGAUGACAUGGUUAUUGCUAUAAAUACUCAGAAGCCAUAACCAUGCCACUGUUACCUAAGGAGUAAUCUCUGAUGAUCUUCCUUGGGUGGUGAUUAGAAAUAAUGAUGUUACUUCUUUCAUCAGUGAUUAAGAAAAAAUGUUUUUACAUCCUGUAAUGGAGGUAACACGAUUUUACCUUAUGACCAGGUUUUAUUUAUUGAACAAGAUUUAUAUACCACUUGACCGUAAUAAAACUUCAAAGCAGUUUACAGAAAGAAUAAAGCAACACAAUGAUUGGGGGGAAAACAGAUAAAAACAACUAUUUAAAACAUUUUUAAAAUGGUUAAAAUCAACGAUGAGCUAAAAAGAGAUUAAAAGCAUGUCAGUAUUCUACAGGUUUGGAUAGCCUUGCCUAAACAAAAAUGUUUUCAGCAGGUGCCUAAGAAAGCGUCUGCCUGAUGUCAAUAGGCAGGGAGUUCCGCAGUGUGGGUGUGUUGCCGCUGCUUGUUGGCAUGCUCACAUUUUCAAAGGGCAGAUAUUGUUACUGGACACAGCAUUCUGAGAAUCUAUGCUUUUGUUCAGUGGAAAAAAGAGAUAGUUUUAAAGGAUGCAGAACUCUUGAGAAUCUGUGCUUUGAUUUAGAAACAAUUAUGAAGCAUGCAAUACUCUGAGAAUCUAUGUUUUCGUUCAGGAAAAAAAUUGGUGUUUUAGAAGAGGAGCCAUGGGCUUUAAGGCAUUCUUUUAGAUAAGCUCGCAAAAGUUACCUAGUCUGUGAUUUUAUUUUACUUUUAUUUUUAAUUUGUUUGUUUGUUUGUACCCCGCCCAUCUGGCUGGGCUUCCCCAGUCACUCUGGGCAGCUUCCAACAGAAGAUUAAAAAUACAUUAAAACAUUAGUCAUUUAAAACUUCCCUAAACAGGGCUGCCUUCAGCUGUCUUCUAAGUGUCAGAUAGUUGUUUUUUCUUUGACAUCUGAUGGGAGGGCGUUCCACAGGGUGGGCACCACUACUGAGAAGGCCCUCUGCCUGGUUCCCUGUAACUUCGCUUCUCGCAGUGAGAGAACCACCAGAAGGCCCUCAGCGCUGGACCUCAGUGUCCGGGCAGAACGAUGGGGGUGGAGACGCUCCUUCAGAUAUACUGGGCCAAGGUCGUUUAGCGCUUUAAAGGUCAGCACCAACACUUUGAAUUGUGCUUGGAAAUGUACUGGGAGCCAGUGUAGGUCUUUCAAGACUGAUGUUAUGUGGUCUUGGCUUUCUGUCUUUCUAAGAGGUGGUAUCCUACAUUACCAAUCAUUAGCAAGGGAAGACUUGCCUCUUUCAUGAUCUCAGCAAGUUCCAGCUCUCCUCAGCCCAGUUUCCUUGCCCUGGAGGAUGGCAGUGGAAACUGUUGGCCUAGUUGAGGUGGCUAAGCCCAUGGUGGUUCAAAUCCCCACUUGGCCAAGGAACUCACUGGGUGUGACUUUGGGCCUUCUAAAUGUUGUUGGACUCCAUCUCCCAUCAGCCCCAGCUAGCGUGAUUAGUGUGGUAGGAGAUGAUGGGAGUUGGAGUCUCAACUUCUGGAGGAGACCUUGUAGAGAGUGGCCUUAAACUUUCAUAGAAUCAUAGAGUUGGAAGGGCCAGUGAGGGUCAUCUAAGUCCAACCCCCUGCAAUACAGGAAUCUCAACUAUACAUGACAGAUGGCCUUCCAACUCCUGCUUCAAAACCUCAAAGGAAGGAGAGUCCACCACCUCUCUUAGGAGUCUUUCCUAUUGUCGAACAGCUCUUGCCAUUGGAAAGGUCUUCCGAUGUUUAGUCAGAAUCUCCUGUCUUGUAACAUGAACCCAUUGGUUCGGGUCCUAGUCUCAGGAGCAGGAGAAAGCAAGCUUGCGCCAUCCUCCAUAUCAUAGCCCUUUAGAUAUUUGAAGAUUGUGUGUGUGUGUGUGUGUGUAUCUAUUUGUAUCCUGUGGUGUCUAUAUUCAUGCAUUCAUUUCACACUUUUCUGGAGGCAAUGUUCGUUUGCCCCAGGUGAUCAGGAAGGUGUGUUUUUAUUUCUGAGACUUGCCUGCCAAAGUGAAUUUGCCUCCAGGCUGCCUGGUUGGGAAGCCAAGGAAGACCAGCCCUCUUAUUUAGCUUGUUGCAUUAUGCCACGUAGGUGUGUUCUGGGCAGGAGGACUAGUAACUUGUGAUGGCCGAUUUGCGACAGUGCAUUAGUCAUGCAUUUCUGAAAGCUGAGCUUGUGGCAUAUAAUAAUGUUGCACCUAAGAGAACUUAGGUUGAAUAAUGUUGAAACUAAGAGCAUUUCUUGCAGUGAGGUGUCGGACCGUUCUGACAGGGCGUUCUUGGUGGUAUUUUAAUCUCCAGAAACUCAGCACACUGGGUCACAUUGCUGAACACAUCAAAAAGGACACACCAAAAAUGCAGGCUGGCGCAGAUACUUCUGGACAGAGCUGGUUCCAGACUUUAGGGGGCCGUUCACAUGGUGCUGAUGAUCCGCCAACUGAUGAUUCCUGUGAAAUCUACCCACCCCACAGAUCCAUGGAACCAGUAAAAUAUAUAGAUCUGUGGGCCUAAGCAUUACAUUUUGUGUUGCUUAAAAAUGGAUAACGCCUGCCGUUGAUGGGAGCGGGGCUUGGCCCCCGUUCGAAAGCGUCACUGCUGAGAAGCAUCCAGGGGCCCGCAUUGCAGGGGGAGUGGAGAAUGGCAGCAUGGCUGAGUCUGACCAGCAUGUGGGGCCCUCCCAAGGCCAGUUCCUGAGCUGGACAACUGCUGGCACCAACCCUACUCACGGAGGAAGUGGUUGUCAGUGUCCACACCACCUCUCUCGAAAGCACUGUUUGCAUCGUAAACGUGGGAGACCGCAAGGAGCUCCCCCUGACCCUUCGGCAGUUGUCUUUCACUAAUUAGCAUCCCAACCAGGGCUGCUUGGGAGAACCAGGGGUGGGAAACCACCCUCCAGAACUGCUAGAGGGAAAACACUCUGGCUUCUGCUGCGUUUUGGAAUUUCCUGACUGUGUUGUGCUUUGCUUGGCUUGCCUUGCAACAGCCGGGAAGUUCCACAGUGCUGUGGCGCCAUCUCAUGCCAUGUUCAGUUUUACUGCUCAGUGCAGGGGUGGGGGUUAGAGGAAGAAGAAAGCUGGGGGAUUUUGCUGUCCAUGGCAGGACUCCUGUACCAAACUGCUCUUCCACCUUCAGAUCAUGCCGCUCUACUGGGGACUGCAGCAUAAGUACAGCACCCUGCUGCCUUGGUAUAGGUUUGCCUCCAAUUUCAAAGAGGAAAAUGGGUAAUGUGACCAGAAACCUAUUACCUCCAGGGUGUGUUAAAAGUUGCUACUGUUUAUGACUGUAACAGAAAAUUGUAAAGUGGUACCUCGGGUUACAUACACUUCAGGUUACAUACACUUUAGGUUACAGACUCCGCUCACCCAGAAAUAGUACCUCGGGUUAAGAACUUUGCUUCAGGAUGAGAACAGAAAUCGUGCUCCGGCGGCGCGGUGGCAGCGAGAGGCCCCAUUAGCUAAAGUGGUGCUUCAGGUUAAGAACAGUUUCAGGUUAAGAACAGACCUCCAGAAUGAAUUAAGUACUCAACCCGAGGUACCACUAUAUAUAUAAAAGAAACCCGUAUUGCCACACUACCUCUUUUUUAUCAUAGGCCUGUAGUAGCUUAUGCAUUUGGCUUUGCUUCCUAGCCUGUUUGUGUGGCACAGUUUCAUGGCACUUUAGAAGCUCACUUUUUGAGCUUCUGGUUUAAAAAGUGAAGAAGGAAGUUUCUAGCCCAAUUGGGGGCCUUGUAAAAGAGUCGCACGAAAGUUACUAGCCCACAAUAUUUUUUACUGCCCUGAUGGGGAGGGAGGCUGGCAGAGGAGGGGCAGAAAGCUCUUUCCAUGCUGCAGCAGCCCACUGCAUUUUUUGUUCUGCCCCUGCUCCACCAGCCAGCUCAUUCACCAGCCAGCAGUUUCUUGUUGCCUGUGGUGACCAGGCUAGUGCUUAGGUAACACAUAAGAUUCACUUGGAAGAGUGCAGGCCAUGCCAGCAGAAAUCUCAGAAGGCGAAAGGGGACUUGCUGAACAAAGUUUCCAGAGUUUGCGGAGGCUUCAAGCCCUAUGAUCCCUUAUAUAGUUAGGUAGAAUAGAUUGUGCAAAAUAAGCAUAACUGGGCAAAUUGGUUCGAUUUAUUCAGGGUGAAAAACGCAGUGCAUUUUUUUAGGGGGGAGUGGGAUUGUCACAGAACUUGGAUUGUCAUGGAUGCAUAAUUUUAAAAUACAAUCAUGUUGUGUUUAAAAAACUAAGCCAACUAAGUUCUACUCAGAGUAGGCCCAUUGAAACAAAGAACCUAAGUGAGUCAUGCCCAUUAACUUCAGUGGAUCUGUUCUGAGUGGGGCCAGCAUUGGAUACAACCCUUAAGCAUGGAAGAUUCACCGUUGCGAAUGUACGAAAUGUCCCUCUCCAGCUCUAAUGAUAUAAUGCCAUUCAGGCGGACUGUGUGAGUGUGUUAAUGAUUUACUUGUGCUAGGGAAACGUAGGAUAGCUAAGGCGAAGUGCGUCUGUUAGUCAUUCAAGAUGCAGUUUGCAUAUUAUGCAAUUUGUAAGCUUCCUUCCCUUGCACAAAUCACUCUGGAGGCUGUCAUAGUUCGUAAAGGGACAUGAUACAAUAACACCGCCCCCCUUGUUACUGCUUCAGGACUUCUAGCUCAUAUCCUGCACCAGGGAACUCAGUUCAGCUCCAUUUGAGGAAUCUUAGAAAUGCUUCUUAGGAAACGAGGGCCAUAGCUGAAUAUGAAUCCUGUGUUAUUAUCAUUAUGCUUUUGUGCAUGAAGUUGGGGCUACCUUAAAAAAAACAACGCUUUUUGAAAAGUCUCUCCAAGAACCUUAGAUAAUCCAGCAACUUAACUAAACUGUCUCCUUCUUCUUUCAGGAGGACGCGCUCCUUGCACGGACCAUGCCCAGUGACCACAUUUGGACCAAAAGCCUGCAUGCUGCAGAAUCCCAAAACUAUCAUGUAAGUGCCUCCACCUUCGGGGAAAAGGUCCUGAUCCCAUUCAUCUUGAUUCUCUGCUGUUAAAUAAUUAAACAUAUUCAUUCAUUCCCAUACAUACUUGUGUCUUCUUCAGCUGCAUUCAUUCAUAGAUUUGGCUGCCCAUUUAUGGCAAUACAGGGUGCUGUGCUGAAAUGGAGUUAUACUGAUGUGCUUGUGUGUUUGCAGUUACCAUUGAAUUGCUUGUUUGCUUUGGCUAUUAUUAUUAUUAUUAUUUUAUUUUAAAAAGCCAUUAUUGCCUGAACUUACCAUGGGGUGUUCUGUUACAGGAGCUUUAUUGCUUUGUAAAGCAUGAGUAGGUUUACCCUGUUUUGAUGUAGCAUCUUCAUAAAUGGACAGCUGAGGUGCAAAGGCUUUUGAGGGCUCCCAGGUUCUGAUCCAAUAGAGGAGGAGGCCAUCUCUCAAAAGGUAGCAGGUGUUUCCUUGGGAAUAGGUGUCGGCCAUCAGUGGUAAACAGAUGAUGUUAUGCUGCAAAGCUGGUUCAGAAAGCUUUCUAGAGAUGUCAGUCCAACUGUGGUCUUACCUUGCAAUCUGCUUUUGGGUUCUUAAAUCCAGGCAGUAGCCUACCAAACUGUGUCAGUUUAAAAUCUGGGGUGUGUUAAUUGGAUUUGUUUUAUGGUGUAUUAUAAUUACGGGUAUUUAUAUUCUAAUGCUUGUAUAAUCAGGUGGUGUUGUUUUUAAUUAACUUUUAUUGAAAAAUUUCAAUCGGAAAUAAUUAACAGCGCUACUUAUUUUGGCCAUGUCUGCAAGUAUUACGCACAAUUAACAUCUGCAUCGGUCUAAGCCACGCAUGUUACUUUCAGUCAUUGACCAGUGAAUGAAACAUGGAUUGCACAGAAGAGCUGAUCAAAACUGUAUGGCAAAGUUCUUCAUACAGUUAUCCAGGCCUCCUUUAAAGUUUUCCUUUGGUUUGUGGGUGUCUUCAGUGGUAUACAACAUGGAGCCCAUGUUCUUACUUAUUACAUUUCACACCCAAAUUUCAUCUUUUGCAUGCAGUGGGAAACAAGUAACGAUUUAUCAUACUUGUUUUACCACGUCCCUUUCUAAAGUGUGUGUGCGGGUUUUAUAGAAUGGGUGACACCUUUGUGACCAGGAUGUCAAGGAAUCGCAUAACAUGCGACAGGGGAAGGGCCAUGACUCAGUAGCAGAGCGUCUGCUUUGCAUACAGAAGGUUCAAUUCCCAGCAUCUCCAGGUAGGGCUGGGAAUGUCCCCUUCCAGAAACCCCAGAGAACUGCUGCCAGUCAGUGUAAAAAAGGUAAAGGUAAAGGACCCCUAUGGGACGCAGGUGGCGCUGUGGGUUAAACCACAGAGCCUGGGACUUGCCGAUCAGUAGGUCGGAAGUUCGAAUCCCCACAACGGGUUGAGCUCCCGUUGCUCGGUCCCAGCUCCUGCCAACCUAGCAGUUCAAAAGCACGUCAAAGUGCAAGUAGAUAAAUAGGUACCGCUCAGGCGGGAAGGUAAACGGCGUUUCUGAGCGCUGCUCUGGUUCGCCAGAAGCGGCUCAGUCAUGCUGGCCACAUGACCCAGAAGCUGUACACCAGCUCCCUCGGCCAAUAAAAGGAGAUGAGCGGCGCAACCCUAUCGUCAUCCACGACUGGACCUAAUGGUCAGGGGUCCCUUGACCUUUUAAAGGACCCCUGGACGGUUAAGUCCAGUCAAAGGCGACUGUGGGAUUGUGGCACUCAUCUUGCUUCAGGCCAAGGAAGCCGGCAUUUGUCCACAGACAGCUUUCCAGGUCAUGUGGCCAGCAUGACUAAACCGCUUCUGGCGCAAUGGAACACCGUGACGGAAGCCAGAGUGCAUGGAAACGCCGUUUACCUUCCCACCAGAGCGGUACCUAUUUAUCUACUUGCACUGGUGUGCUUUCGAACUGCUAGGUUGGCAGGAGCUGGGACAGAGCAACAGGAGCUCACUCUGUCACGAGGAUUUAUACUGCCGACCUUCCGAUCAGCAAUCCCAAGAGGCUCAGUGGUUUAGACCCCACAGCACCACCUGCAUCCCUAAUGCCAGUCAGUGUAGACAACACUGAACCAGAUGGACCAAUGGUUUGUAUAAGGCAGCUUCCUCUAUUCCUCUGUCUUAAGCAAAGGGUUGCUGCCGAUCAGUGUAGACAGCAACUGAGCUAGCUGAAUAUAAGCAGCUUCCUACAUGUCAGUCAGCUAGUGGUUGCUUUUAAAACUAAUCAUGCUAGCUGGGACUGAUGGGAGUUGUAGUCCAAAAUAUCUUGAGGGCACCAGGUUGGUGAAGGUUGUUUUAGAUCAACUUGGGUUCAGUCCUGAUACGGGUGUUUGAAACAUUAUCCCCCUGUUUGCUUUCGGCAGACCAAUCUUCCCCACCCCUCACUUUGUUUAAUUCUGGUCUAGAGGGAUGGAUGGGAGCAAACACCAUGCAAUUGGGUGAACUCGUUUAGUUAAUGCCACCUCGAACAUCACCUGCCAGGAGACACUGUUAAUAUUUGUCUAGCUCUAGCACAACGCUUAUUGAACGGAGCGCCCUGCGCUCUUAAUUUUCUCUCUCUUUUGUGUCCCAUCCCUCUUCCUCCAUGGUCUGUACUUUCCCAAACCAAAAGAGGCAGGGUGUGGGUGAGUCCACUUCCUCUUCCAGUUGCUUCAAGGUGUGGCUGACCGUCAGAUUUUUACAGAUGUUGGUCCUUUUUUUCUAAAUCGCAUUAUCUUCUGCUUAGCACACCCCCGGCUCAGCCACUGCCCCACCGUAAUAGCCAAAGGCAAGCUGACCAUUCAGGGAAGUCCCGUAGCUCAGUGGUUAGAGCAUCUGCUUUGCACACAGAAGGUCCCAAGUUCAAAACCUAGUAUCUCCAGGUGGGGCUGGGAAAAUCCCCCAAGUCUGAAACCCUGGAGAGCCACAUUCAGUGACUAUACUAAACUAGAUGAAGCAAUGAUCUGACUGCAUAAGGUAACUUCUUAUUUAAAUCAACCCUUUAUUCAGAAGCGUGAGGACUAGAAACUUAGUUUAUCCUUAGGGAAAAGGAUGUCCCAGUGGUAGAGCAUCCAUUUACUGUAGCAUGUAAGAGGCAGUGCUAGAAAUUAGCCAGGGUCCAAUUGCGACCACGUGAAGAUCUCUGGAGACCAGGUUGACGACUUGGGAAAGCAAAAUGCCACUUAGAGAAGGAUGUGAAAUAUUUUCCCUCAAAGCUUGAAUUUGUUUUAUUUUGGAUUGUUUUAUUUACUUUUUUAAUGUGUUGUAAACUACUUUGAGAUUUUUUCUUUAAAAUGAAAAGCUGUAGAAAUGAAAUUAAUAAUAAUAAUAAUAAUUAAUUGCAAAAAAACAGCACCCAGACAUUCCACUGUGGCGACCGUAACCUAGGUUUAAUUUGCCAUUUGGCGAUUAAAUUAGAUAUCUGAGAUUCUAACACUGCUAGAAGGUCCCAGUUUCAAUCCCCAGCAUCCCCAGGUAGGGCUGGGGGGGAAUACCUGGAACCCCGAAGAACUGCUGCCAGCCAGUGUAGGCAAUCCUGAGACAGACGUUCCAAUAGCCUGACUUUGUAUAAGGCAGCUUCCUGUGGCUUCUCUCUCUUGCUCCCUCCAUUCCUCUCUUGCCCACCUGCCAAUUUUAGCAGACAAGGGAGUGAGGGGAAGAGGUUCGCUGACUGGCAGGUGAGUGGACAAAUAACUUGUCCCGUGCAGAUGAGACCUAACAAAUCACCUGCUCUCUGUUUAUCACAUCCCUGCAGAGAGUAUCUUGCAAGCACACUCCUCUUCUGUUGCACCCCGUGAGGAUUCAGUCUGCCUCCUACGGCUUGGGAGCCGAAGGGUUAAGGGAUGAUUGCCACUUACUCAACUUUGGACUUACAUCAUGCAUUUUUAUCACCAGAUUCUGGCAGCUGAGCAGCCGCUGCUGCUGCUCCUCCCUCUGGGGCGAGCAGGGAUAUAAUGACAGCAUGUGUUGAGAUUAGUCCAGCCCAGAGGCUUUCCAGGAGGCACUUAGAGCUCUUUAAUUGCCCAGACAGACAGCAGAUCGUAACCCCAGCAGUCUAGAAUAGCCUUCAAGCUAGGGAGCCGCUUUGCCAGGCAAGAAGGGAGAAGGCAGCUGAGCUUUUAAAAUUCUACCGGGAGAUCUUCAUCCUUCUUCAAAACUUGCCUUUUUUUUUUUUUAAUACAUGUAGCUUCAAAAAAAUUUUUUUAUUCCCCACCCCCUGCACACACACACACACACACACACACACACACACACACACAAUUUGAAAGCUGUGCUCUCUCUCUCUCCUGUUGCCUUUUAAUAAGAGGAAUUUAACAAAAUCCAAGAUUAAACUUGCAGUGGCUUCCCAAGUGUUGCAUGAAGGCACACUAAGCCGUCUGGUGUUGAUUAAACCUCUUUUGUGGGGUUUUCUUUCUCCCCCCCUUUUUUUGGUAAGCUGUUGUUUUGCAGACUGACCUGGCGGAAAAAAAUUGAACAUUUAACAAAUACGCUAAGUUUUUGCUGCUCCUUUUUCUAAUCUGGUAUUUUUCGGGAUCCACUUGUUUAAGCAACUUUUAGCCUCCUUUUUAUGGGGAACUGCUUCUUUAUGAAAUGGCAAGGCUGGUUUGGUUUCAUUUCUUUUUGACCAAAGCAAUCUGAAAACAGAGGCUAUCUGAACUUGGCGGGCGUGAUGGUUUUUGCAAGGUAGUAGUUCGGCUCCAAAAGAUUAUUUCAAGGCUUCUUUUUCUGCUGUUGAGUCUUGCUGUGGGUUUCUCUCUGACUUGUGCAAAGAAAAGCAAUGAAGAUAUUUCAGCGUAUUAACGAUCGCUCCUUUGGAAGCUCCGCUUGGAAGUGGUGAGUAGACCGGGGGGAAAGAGGUUUUAUCCACCUUUCAUGUUAUGAGCCAAACCUUCGGUUAGUUUCAAUGGUGGCUUGGAUUUCUUUAAGUGGGGCAUGGAGCUAUGUCCAGUGCUAUUCAGAGUAGACCCAAUGAAUGGACUUGGGUCCAUUCAUUUCAGUUAACUUAAGUAAGGUUUCAUUGGAUGCAACCCAUAGUCGCCGCAGAGCUGAUACGUAGCUCUACAAACUGAUCCAGAUAGGUUGAGCAGAUUGUGUUGAAAUCCUUUAUGCUUUUCCUGGUCCCCCAAGUAUGAGGAAGGGGUGGUUUUCUCGUCUGAAACCCACUUUACGGCAGCAAUGCAAGUUCCUGGCACGGCAAACUGAACUCUGCCGUGGGAAUCUCCCUUUCCUUAGGGCGUUCUUGUUCUCACCCCGGCCAAUAAAAAAUCAGUCACCAAAGGACUCCUUCCUUCAGUUUCUUCCUCUUUUUUGUACACAAUAGUUUUCUUUUUAGAUGUCUUCAUGUGCAUUCCCGCCACCCACCCAACCCUUCAUCAGGGCUAUUCUGCGGUCUGCCUGGCAUUCUGCAUUUUGCGCAAGAGUGGGGUAUCCAGCAACGUGGGGAAGAAACUGUGUAGAGAAUAAAAGAAUAACAUCAACUCGUUCCACAUUCUGGAUUCAAGACAGAGUUGGCUGGGGUUGUGGUAGUGGUGGGAAUUUGCCCCUUUUGUAUCCUUAGCUCUUCCUCUGGGGAAGGGUGGGCUAACAGGUGUCCCUCCAGAUGAUGAUGAUGAUGAUGAUGAUGAAGAGCAGCACUGGGUAGCUCAGUUGGUUAGAGCUUCGUGCUGAUUACUCCAAGGUUGCAGGGUCAAUCCCUGUAUGGAACAGCUGAAUAUUCCUGCACUGCAGGGAGUUGGACUCGAUGAUCCUCAGGGACCCUUCUAGCUCUACAUUUCUAUGAUUCUAAGAAGAUGGUGAUAACCAUUUAUUAUCGGCUCUUCAUGCUGAGGUCUCAGGGCAGAUCACAACAAUUAAAACACAACAUCAAUAUCGAAACACAAUAUUGGACUGCAGCACCCAUCAUUCCUGACCGUAAGGCAUACUGGCUGGGUCUGAUGCGGAGGCUGGGAGUCCAAUGUUAUCUAGAAGCCUACAGGUUUCCCAUCCCCUGAGCUCGGAGCUUAAGAGCGGCAGUCUCACAGCAAACCUUGUGUCACGGUGAGGUUAAAACAGUCUGCCUAAGGCCACCUAAGGUAAGGGUUUUUGCAGGGCGAGAGCUGGUGGCGGAUAGGAAUCCACCCAGUUUUUCUGCACAGAAGGCUAAGGACGUCUGGCUUCUGUGACGGUGCAGGGUUGCCUAGGUUGACUCCCGCUGUGCUCGGUCUCUGAGGUCGGAGACAGGAGUUGUUUCUGAAUAUCAGUUGCUGGAAACCACAAGAGGGGAGAGAAGUCUUGUGCUCGGGUGCUACUUGCGGGUUUCCAACAAUGGGCAUCUGGUUAGCCACUGUCAGAAUAGGAUGCAUGGGCCAUUGGCAUGAGCCAGCAGGAUAUUCUUAUGUUAUGUUCCUAUUAUUUUUUAACAGCGUUGCUCUUCUCAGAACAAAUAAGAGUUUCUUAUAAUUAACUAUUAACCACAAAUUUAGAUACUUCUGCAAAAUCAAAGUAGUGUAACAGUGGUUUUUGAAAGGAACAAUACCGGAAUUGAAGCAAGUUCCUAUACAUUUCACCAAUGUUCAGUAAUGUCUCUAGAAAUCUACAUGAUUCACUGAACCACUACUUCCCGGAGGCUUUCCUCUUGCAACAGCAGGGUCAGUUGGCAGUUUUGGGUUUUGUUUUUAUUUUUUAAAGGCAAUGAAGCUGGAAAUUAAGUAAUAAAGACCAUGUUCAGGGACCAAUAUACAACCAGUACAGGGAUACGUGAGUGGACUUGUAUGUAUAAAUUAUGACGUUCAAGUCAGUUCUUGAGGUUCUUGGGUAAAGAUGUCUGCGUAUGCUGACCAGAGCUUUAAAUAUAUGUCCUUCCACCCAAGUUUGUGAUAAAAUACUACUUAUUAUUGAUUAUAAAAUCUUCCCACCCUUCCUCCGAGGAGCUCCCCUGUUUUUAUUUUCACAGCAUCUAGUGAGGUUGGUUAAGGGGAGAGAUAGUGACUGGCCCACGAUCAUCUAGUAGGCUUUGAGAUUGGCUGGGGAUUUUGAACCCAUGUCUCUAGCUCGCUAAUACUCAAGAGAAAUGCCAACUGAUUGGAGGGCACCCCAGUCAACUGUAGAGAGCCCCCCUCUCCUGACAUAUUCUGGAUUAAGGAGGUGGCUCUCCAGCAAGACGGAAGAUCAAGACUCUUUGGCUUAAACCUAAUCUGGUGCUCUCUAGAUGUGUUGGACUCCAACUCCCACCAGCCCCAGUUAGCAUGGCCAAUGGAUAGGGACAAUGGAAGGUGAAGUCCAAAAUUUCUGGAGAGAACCAUAUUGGCUGCCCCUGCUCUCAACUUAAUGGAUUGGAUGGCUUUCCCCAGUGCCUCCGUUGCAAGCUUUUGUGGUCAAGACGUUUCCCCACCACUGUAUGGUCUUGGAAUUCUCACCCUCUGAAAGCUGGUGGGGAGAAUAUUAGGGUCUUUGAGAUCUAGAAAUGGGAUAGUGCAGGGACUCCAACUCCCAUCAGCCCCAGCUGGAGUGUCCACCGCUCAAGGAUGAUGGGAGCUGUAGUCUAGCAAUGUCUGAAAGGCCAAAGGGCUCCGUCCUUGAACUAGGCCAUCACUUGCCUUUCCUGCCCCCAGCUACUGCCAUCACAGCUCUGCCUUCUUUUAAAGCAGAGAUAAGGAACCUGUCACCCCCUGGAUGUUACUGGACUCCAACCUCCAUGAGCUCUGUCCAUCGUGGCAUGAUGGAAAUCAUGACCGGGCAACGUCCGGAGGGUCACAGCUUUCCACAUUCUUGGGAUACUGUGUGUGGAGGCAAGUUCUGCCUUCCUCCAGUCUCUUUGGAAGGUGUUGUGGAUAAAAUGCAAUCAAAAAUUGCAUGAUCUUCAGAACAGCAGGACUGGAGGAAGACCUUAUUUGCUUGAAUAAGGAAAUAACAUUGGAGGCGCAUAUUAUAGUGGGGGGGGGGAGAUAUACACACCAAGUAUGUAUCAGAGGAUUGCCAAAGCAUGUGCCAUCAGGACACAACAUCAUUAAAGCUAAAAGUCAGGCCAUUCGUUAUUCAGAUCUAGAAAUCUCCCACCUUACUUUCUCAUGCAUGCACUCUUGGGUUGAGGCAACAGGCUAAAAUGUUUUAAAAUGUUUUAAACGGUUCUAAUUUUGGUUCCUCUUGUUUUGUUUUUGUCGGGUUGUUGUUGGUUAAAUGUUCAAUUGAGGUUGGCAGUUAUUUUAAUUUGGGUAUAACUGUAAGCUGUUUAUUAUUGUUGUUAUUAUUGAUUUCUAUUGAUUUAUUGGGUUGUUUGUUGCUCAUAUAGGAUAUUUUGGGGUUUUUUAAUGUUUGAUGCUUUGUUGUGUUUUUUAUAUAUGCUAUAAGCCACCCUGAAUGGCUGGGGAAACCCAGCAAGAUGGGCAGGAUAUGAAUUAAAAGAAUAUAAUUAUAUUAUUAUGGCACUCUUGCAAAUUGCAUAUGGUGCUGGAGUGGUGCAGGAGAAACCCAAGCAGCUGUUUAAGAGCUGUCAUAUCCUUCUGGCUGCCGGUGACGCACCUUGAAAUCCUAAGAAUUGACUCCCUUCCCACCAAGCAUGACCGAGAUACCUUGACAGCACCUCUGCAAUUGCAUGAUGCACCUACCUGCGGUGGCAAGCUUUGCUGCCCUAAUAAAAGCCCAGCUCUUUAAAGAUGGGGAAAGAUGGGUGCGAGGAGGAGAUUAGGGAAAACAAAGUCCAGAACAGCAUUGGGACAUCGGUUGAUCUGAAGGUAGUUCAGAUAGUUUGGCUGAGCUUAACUCCUUAAGCUUUGCUUGUUGAAGGAGCGCUUACUCUGAUCCAACCAAGCAGGUCAGCAUUUUGCCUGGGACAAGUAAUGCCCCCCCUUUUCUACAGCUUGUUACACACCAGGCAGCUCAGGUUGUCGAGUGACACGUUGGCAUUUGUGCAGAGGGGGCCUGCAGUGGUGUCUGCAAGAUAUAAGGGUACCAAGACUAAGUGUAAGGUAAAGGUAAAGGGAUCCCUGACCAUUAGGUCCAGUCGUGGCCGACUCUGGGGUUGCGGCGCUCUUCUCGCUUUAUUGGCCGAGGGAGCCGGCGUACAGCUUCCGGGUCAUGUGGCCAGCAUGACUAAGCCACUUCUGGCGAACCAGAGCAGCGCACGAAAACGGCGUUUACCUUCCCGCCGGAGCGGUACCUAUUUAUCUACUUGCACUUUGACGUGCUUUCGAAUUGCUAGCUUGGCAGGAACAGGGACCGAGCAACAGGAGCUCACCCCGUCGCAGGGAUUCGAACCACCAACCUUCUGAUCGGCAAGUCCUAAGCUCUGUGGUUUAACCCACAGCGCCACCUGCGUCCCAACUAAGUGUAGUGCCUGCCAAUUCCCUGUAAUUAUUAUUAGCAUUAUAUCUUAUUAAAUUUCUGUUCUGCGAGUUCUCCCCAAAGAAGCAAAGCAAUGCAGUUAAAAGCAAAAGCAUCUUAAAAACACAUCUGUGAAGCAGGCCUUGGGAGGUGGUGUUCUCAUCUCAACCAGCACCCAGGUGUGGUGGUGAGGAGCAGCUUGAAUCCUCUGCGUUGUGCAGAAGAAUGUAUAAACAGGCUUUUGAGCAUCAGAAGUAUGUUAACCCAUGGUAGUACCUAAGCAAAUAAUAUUUUGGACCACAAGUUUUAAUGUUUGCAUCUGAGCAACCAUAGCUUAAUGAUUUCUGGACAGCUUUCUUUUAGUGUCCAAGAAUAAGAAAUGAAAGGUGGGUUGUACCCGGGGAACUUCAGCCAAAAGGGUGGGGCGAGGAGAGAAAAUACACAUUGCGUUCUUCAGUACUUACAGAAGAAGCUGCUCAAUUGGACCAUUAAUCCAUCUAGCUCAGUACUGCUUUCACAUACUUGCACUUUCUCUGGGAGACCUACCUGGAUAAGCCAGGAGCUGAACAUAUCUUCUGUAUGCAAAGCAGAUACACUAUUACUGACCUACAGUCCUUUCCUUAAGACAUAGGAACAUAGAAGCUGCCUUCUACCGAGUCAGACCAUUUGUUCAUCCAUUUGGUAUUGUCUACACCAGUGUUUCCCAAAUGUGGGUCUCCAGCUGUUUUUGGACUCUAACUCCCAUCAUCCCUAGCUAGCAGAACCAGUGGUCAGGGAUGAUGGGAACUGUAGUCCCAAAAACAGCUGGAGACCAGCACACUGGUCUACCCUGACUGGCAGUGGCUCUGCAGGGCUUCAGGCAGGGAGCCUCUCAAAACCCUAGUGGGAAAUUCCAGAGAUUGAACCCAGGACUUUCUGCAUACAAGGAAGAUGCUCUACCAUUUAGUUAUGACUGUUCCCUAACAUUUCAAAUAAUAUUUUAAAAAUAAUAGUAAUUGUCCAGUAGCACCCUAGAGACCAACUAAGUUGCAUUCACACGAAAGCUUAUACCAAGAACAAACUUAGUUGGUCUCUAAGGUGCUACUGGACAGGUUUUUUAUAUAUUUUGACUGCGUCAGACCAACACAGCUACCUACCUGAAUUUCAAAUAAUACUUAAAUAUGCCCUAAUAGUUUUGAAUUGCCUGUGCCACUACAAGGUCAUUGGUCCAAAAAGUUUCUUUCUCUGCUUCUGCCUCUGAAUCUUGAGCACAGAAUUCAGGUAUGAAGCCUUCUUCCCUUCCCAGAACGCAGCUCCCCGGGCUGAAGGUGUUUAAAUGCUUCCCUUAAGUCCUCUGCACAUAGAGAAAGCAGCCUGUCAGGGAGAAGGCUAUGCCAAACACUUCUUCAGCAUCAUGCUAGGGCUGCAUGGGCGAGGGUCUUGUUUUCUUUUUGUAGAUGAUGAGGAGGAGUUGUGGCAGUGUUUUAUCACAUGCCACCAGGAAUCGACAGGAUGAAUGCCAGUUCCUGAGUCUCACAAAGGCUCUUCUUAUGUUCUUACCGUCUUCCACCUGCAACCGAAGCAGCACACUCUAGGAAAAGCUUGCUGUCUCUCAGUCGUGCCAAAUGCAGAGCCAAGUUGGCCGGUCGUUUUCUCGUGAGGAGUGCUAACGUGAUUUGUCUCAGGAACUUCAACCUGUUUCUUUCCUGGCUUUGUGUUUUUGCAGGCACAUUCAGGACCCAGCAAGCCAGCGGUUGACAUGGAACAAACCUCCGAAGAGUGUCCUUGUUAUAAAAAAAAUCCGGGACGCCAGUCUCCUGCAGCCCUUCAAAGACCUCUGCAUCUAUCUCACAGAGGUAGGCUGGACUUCUCUGCCUUAGUGAGCUCAACCAGGAUGGCCGAAGAAUUUUAGUGGGGUGUGCUUUUUAAAGUGGGGUGUUCUUACGGGCUACAGAGAUGUGUCUUGAAGCAUGCUGACGGUGCUCAGGAAAGUUCAUCCAGAGUCAGGGCUUCCACGACCUAUAUCUCAGGGGUGAGGAACCUGUGGCUCAUGUUGUUGAACCCCAGCUCCCAUCAGCCUUGGCUGGCUUGGCCAGUGAUCAGAGGAAGCUUAAACCAUUUCCAAAACCCAUAACAAACCAACCUUGGCUGCAAAUAAAUGCCAAGAAGAGUUUGAGGUGGCCGGCAUGUGCCAUUUCUAUCUAUCCAAGAGGAUUUCACCGGCAUGAACUGUUUGUUUGGGUUUGGGGUUGUCAGAAGACUGCCUCACACAUAGGAGCUUUUUCAGAGUUUCAAACUAAGUCCAGCUGAAAAUUUGUAUUGCUGUGAUCUCCUUGGCAGGGAUCACUUCGCUCCUUCACGAAACCUAUUGUUCCUAUUGUCCCUUCAGGAGGAAUCUCAGAGUGGUUAAACUGGUUUUUCCGUUGUGCUCUUGCCCAUUCAUGUCUUUCAUCUGCUUUCAAUGUUGUGGGAGAGCCUGGCAACCCUGAUCUCCUCUCUCUCGUACUCAAAUGGUCACUCUGCUGAUGUGAUUCCUCCUUACCUUUUGAAAGUUACUGCACCUGUUUUAUUACUCACAGAUAAAAUAAUAUAAGGCAGCUCUCUGCGGUAAAGGGGAAAAGCCAUAGCUCAGUGGUAGAGCAACACAUGGUUUUGCAUGUUGCACAAGGUCCAUGUGCAGUCUAGGAAGGGUUGGGGUAAACUGUGUGAAGCCUGGGAAAGUCACUGCCAGUUACUCUGCUUUAUUAUUACAUUUCCAUCUGGCCUUUCUGCCUAGGAGCUCAAACUGGCCUACACACUUAUAUAUGAAAAAUAUUUGAAAGAUGAUUAACAGCGGCUACAAAAAAAUAAGACCACAUGUAACUCCUCCAUGUCUGGAUAGGCUUGCCUAAACAAAAAUGUUUUAAGCAGGCUCUGAAAAGAAUACAGUGAAGGUGUCUGCCUGGUGUCAAUAGGCAAGGAGUUCCAAAGUGUAGGUAGAGUGGUUUUUAUCUGAGAUUAUAAGAUGCUUUGUAGGUGUCAGGGACUGGUCUGGAUUGGAAGACUGGGGAAUGCAGUCGCAGGAAGAGCAGCUCCUGCCCGGACACUGAGGUCCAGCGGCGAGGGCCUUCUGGCGGUUCCCUCGCUGCGAGAAGCCAAGUUACAGGGAACCAGGCAGAGGGCCUUCUCGGUAGUGGCGCCUGCCCUGUGGAACACCCUACCACCAGAUUUCAAGGAAAUAAACAACUACCUGACUUUUAGAAGACAUCUAAAGGCAGCCCUGUUUAGGGAAGCUUUUAAUGUUUAAUAGGUUAUUGCAUUUUAGUGUUUUGUUGGAAGUCGCCCAGAGUGGCUGGGGAAACUGAGCCAGAUGGGCAGGGUAUAAAUAAUAAAUUCUUAUUCUUAUUCUUAUUCUUAUUCUUACUAACAGAAGAGGAGGGGGAAUAUUCGGGGGGCCCUGCUUCCGGCGCUUCUAGAAGCAGAGAGACAGGCAGACACAGCUAUGAGAUAGUAGCUAAGCAACCAGAAGGGAGGGAGCAGCUGGGCGAUACAUCAAUUGAGAGUGAGGGGGGGACCCCCUCCCUCUCCCCGAACCCGGAGGUCUAAGCAUGUCAGAGAACAAAGGAGACGCGGAGGAAGAGGGACUUCUCUUUGGCGCGCUUCUUGCUGCGGAAGUGAAGAGGAGUCAGAGUAGGCAACUGAUAUCCUUGCGGAGGGUUGCCUGUUUGUGCUUGUAGCAUAAUGCUGAAAUAAAAGGACUAUAAAUCUACCAAAUGCUCAUUAAUUCUUAUCGGUGAGCCAGCAGAAGGGAGAGGGGAACUCCCGUACUUGACAGUAGGAGAAUUUCCUCAAAAAGUGGGGUAUAUUUUUAAAAAUAAAUACAUAUUAAUGUCACUUGUUUCAAGAGGUCAUGCUUCUAUUUUUCACUCAGUGUUAAGAUAGUUUUAAUUUAAUCUUUUCCUCCCCACCCUUCAGGUGAACAACAUGAUUGUCUACGUAGAAAAGAAAGUGUUGGAAGACCCAGCCAUCAUGAACGAUGAUAGUUUUGGACCAGUGAAGAAGAAAUUUUGCACUUUCAGUGAAGGUAAAUAUAUAUAUAUAUAGUGAGAGAGGUUGCAUUUUGCAUGUAACUGGAGCUAGAGAUGCAGCAGAAAUUUGGUUUGGUUUGCAUUUUAAUAUACAAACUACCUAAUGUACAGUUCCUGGAAAAAUCUAUGAACCGAAACACAGCUAACUGUGUCAAAAUCCACUCUUCUCUGAAUUUUGUGAUCAGUUCUCCAGUCAAACGAUGUGGUACAAGCAUGCCUGUAUCAGGCAAAGGUGUGCAUAAACUGUAUAUAUUAGUGAAAAGUGGUUUGUUUGUUUUGCUUAAUAAACCACACUGCACACAAACCACAUGCCAGAGCAUGCACAGCCCAGCCUCUCCCAUUUUGCCCCUUUCCUUGAGUAAGCUUUCUUGGGUUGCCAAGAAAGGGCUAGCAUAGCGCUGCCUCCAAGCCAGGGGUCAUGGUUCAUUUCCUCCUAACAAAGCACAGUCAGUGCAUCAGCAACAAGCCAUGGUUUAAGCUCCACUAGCGAUCGUGGUUUGUUAGGGCAGAACAACCCAGAAUCCUGCAUUUGGCUGCAAUGCUAAGCUAUUGCCUUCUUUGAUUCUUUACCUGCUUGUACCAGGGGAAGAGCGAAGCAAGAGCACAGGAGCACAGGAAGCUUCAUUAUACCAAAUCCAGCCAUUGGUCCAUCUAGCUCAGUGUUGUCAACACUGGCUGGCAGCAGCUCUCCAGGAUUUCAGACAGAAUACAUUCCCAGCCCAGCCUGGAGUUGCCGUAGUUUGAACCUGGGACCUUUUGCAUGCAAAGCUAUGCCUCUGAGCUAUCACCCUUCCAUGACCUAUAGCAAUUGAGCUGGGUGCGCAGUAUGGUUUAUGAAGCUUGUAACUCUGACUUACUGCAACAUGCAAAUUCAGGCGCCGUGUCUGUUUCCUUAAAGAAGGAAGGCAAGAGCAGUCAGAUAAGAGCCAGAAUGAGCAGGUAAAUGGGCUAAAGGAGGGUCAAGCGAAAAGCCACAAUCUGUUUAUACUGCUGUAUUUCUGCCCUUUUAAACAGAUAGGAUUGGAAUUUUAAAAAAUCGUAUUCUGUGUUUUCAAACUCUUUUUCUUUUUUAGACUACGAUGAUAUCUCCAAUCAGAUAGACUUUAUCAUCUGCCUGGGAGGAGACGGGACCUUGCUUUAUGCCUCUUCACUCUUCCCGGUGAGUUUAUCUUCACCAUCCUUCCCUUGCCUGCAAUCAAUCUCUUAUGAAGUCCACAUGGGAUGCUUCGUGAUGGUUGCGUGUUCUUCCACAGGCCCUUAACACUAACUUUUGGCUCUUCCCCACUCAGUAUUCACUUAUGUGCCUCCCUUUCUGCCCUGCCUGUUUAUAAGGGCUUGGUGUGGCUGUAGUUAAAUAUAAGUUGCUGCUUUUAAACGUGUCCUAUUAUUGUUAUUGUUAUUAUUAUUAUUAUUAUUAAAAAGAGGGUGGGAGGACUAGAGCUGGGCCAUAUCUGGUUGUCAACAUCGCAAUAUAUCACCAGCUGAACAUCACGAUAUAUUGAUAUAUCACAAAGUCUGAAAUAAGGAUGGAACUAUGUAGAGGCGAACAGUAGGGCUGGGCAAUAUCUGGCUUUCAACAUUGGGAUAUAUCACCAGCUAAACACUGUGAUAUACCAAUACAUCAUGAUGUCUGAAAUAAGGACGGAGCUAUGUAGAUGCAUUGGCUGGCUUCACGGUUUUUCUUGCGUUGUGUUUUUUUGCAUAGCACACGCGCACACAUAUCAUGAUUUGCGAUAGGUUGUCAGGCCAAAAAUUAUGAAACUGCUAUCACGAUAUGGACUUCAAACUGGUUUUUGGAUGAUAUAUUGACAUAUCACCCAGCCCUAGGGAGAGCCCUAUGCAGAAUUUAAUACACACAGGUUUGUUGACAGCCUGGUGUUGAGUAUAGACUGCCCAAGAUUCCCCCCCCCCCCGCCUUUGUUUCCCUCCUUUCCCCCAGAACUUGGACUCAAGGCAGCUCACAAAUAUUAAAACCAGCACAGAUAAAACACAGAGGGCUAAGAGCAUAUAAAAAUAGUAAUUUUAAAGUGAUUAAACUCGGAAUAGAAUUAAAACGAGGUGAAAAUAAAUCUAUUAAAAUGCAGAUUGUUUUUUUAAAAAGCACGGCACUAUUACAACCACUUUCCUUAAAAGCUGCCACUUCCCCAAAGCCUCCUGGAAUAGAACAGCCUCCACCUGUCAGUGGAAGGACAAAGAGGGAGCCACUACAGCCUCUCUAGGGAGUUCUAGAGUUUGGGGCAGCCAUGAGGCAGCUCCUGCGUCUCACCCAAACAUGCCUGCAAGGGUGGCAGGACUGAGAAAAAGGCUGCCACAGCUAUACAGUGAAGCUCCACCAACUUUGGUUCUCCUUUUAGUCCAAGAGUCACCCAACAUUUGUAGGUCCAUUAGGAUUUUUGAGUGGGAGCUGUGCCCUCGCUGAUCACUUCUCCUCCCACCGCACCAAGGGAGAGGCAGAAAGAGAGAGAUAAAAGGCAGAGUUUGCUUCUCCAAGGCAUCUGUGCAAAACUCUGAUCCGGUAGACUUAAUCUGAGCCUCGAUGAAGCCCAAAGAGCUGGAAGAGGAAACCAGAAAGUGCCACUUCUCAAACUUCCUCCUUCAGCACUAUGUACUUUCCGAGGGAGAAGAAGGUAGCCGCCUUUGCUGCCGCAUGACCAAGAGGGUAGAAAGGGGAAAUCACCAAAGGAAAGUUUGAAAGAUUAUUGGAGGUUAGAUACUCAGGAACAGAUUUUAGAUGAAGAUUGGGAAAGAAUCUUUCGACAACCACCCUUUGUUGCGACCUCUAGGAUAAUCCUGGAACAGGGGUUGAAGCUGGUACAAAAAUGGUCUUAUACACCAGUAAGGUUAUAUCAUAUUACAAAAUCUGGAAGUAAGAAUUGCUGGAGGAAAUGUGGAGUGAUGGGAACAUACAGUCAUAUGUGGUGGGAUUGUCCGUUAGUUAAUGAAUUUUGGAAACAGAUUGGUAUAGAAAUAUCGGGAAUUGUGGUAAGGAACGUGGAAAUAACUGAAUUAAUGGUUCUUAUUACCCUGAGUAGUAUCGAGUUAAAAACAAAAGAGGAAUGCAAAUGGGUAAAAUUGAUGGUAAUUGCAGCCAGACAGGUUAUAGCGAGUAAUUGGCAAAAUGCAGAAGAGCUAGGGGUGAGCCGAUGGCGGAAAAAACUGAAUAAUAUUAUAAAUUUGGAAUACCUAACUGUGAAGAUACAUAGAAUGAAAGGGUUUAAGGUCAGUGAGAAAGAGGAGGAUUGGUUUGAAAAGAUAUAGAAUUAUUUGAGUAGGUUUGAACAAUUUAGGGCAAUUAAAAUGUUAAAAGUUUAAUAAACCUGGUGGAAGGAGGAGUGUUAAGGUAUAUAGAAGUGUACAUAUAGUUAAUUUGAAUAUGUUAUUACUGAAUAUUAUUGAAUAUGUAUAUUAUUGAAUAUGUAUAUUAUUGAAUAUGUAUAUUAUUGAAUAUUGUAUACCCAAUGUAUCGGCCGUCUGGGGGUGGUUUCACUGUUUGUGUUUUGGUGGUUGGUAAAAAUAAAAUAUAUAUUUUGGGCAUCCACAUUUUUGGCACGGAACUGUUAAAAGCGGAAUGUGUUGAAACUGUUAAAAGCUUUGGCUCCUGAACGCCAAGACCAAGGGCAGUUUGUGCCGCUUCUGAAUGCUCUCCUCUCCCCCCCCCCCCUUUCCCCUCCAGGGCAGCGUACCUCCCGUGAUGGCUUUCCACCUGGGUUCCCUGGGAUUCCUUACCCCAUUCAAUUUCGAGAACUUUCAGUCCCAAGUGACUCAGGUUAUUGAAGGUAAGGGUUUGUGCUGAGCUGGUCACUUGCACUGCUUAUGCAGAAGUAAUGCUGACAGCAUUUUUAUUAAAAAACCCACAAAUCUAUAGUUUAGAAACCUCUGCUGCUUUGUGGGGUAUCUUCGGGAGAAGAAAAGGCUCAGAAGUAAACACUAUACAGAUCAGCAGUUGAGUCCUAAGGCGGUUGGAUGGUACCUUGUAGGUCUCCUUCUGGCAACUCCUGCAGCCCAGCUGGUGCCAAACGUAUUGCUCUGCUUUCCUUUGGACCACAUCAGUGAGGCUGAGAGAGGGUUAUUGUCAUCUGCGCAGCCCAGGACCUCUAUACACACUGCCUAGGCUUGCGCCCCCAGGGAGGUCACUUCAGUGCAGCAGUUUCUUCACCCCUAGAGGUGCACUGCAUUGUCUUUUGAGCAGACGGGUGCCAACAAAGUUUAUUAGGGUUGUUGCAAUCAAUCAGUACCUCCCUGAUGAGAUUGGGUACACUUGACAGCGCCAGGCUAGUGCUCCCAAAUGCAGCCAAUCGCUGCUGCAAACACUUAAGACUAGGGAUGUGGGAGGGAGUUAGCAGCUUUGCAUGCAGAAAAUCCCAGGUUUGAUCCCUGGCAUCUCCAGGUAUGACUAAGAAAGACCCUCACCUGAAAUUCCAGAGUGUGGCGCUGUGGGUUAAACCACAGAGCCUAGGACUUGCCGAUCAGAAGGCCGGCGGUUCAAAUCCCUGCGACGGGGUGAGCUCCCGUUGCUCAGUCCCAGCUCCUGCCAACCUAGCAGUUCGAAAGCACAUCAAAGUGCAAGUAGAUAAAUAGGUACCGCUCCGGCGGGAAGGUAAAUGGCGUUUCCGUGCGCUGCUCUGGUUUGCCAGAAGUGGCUUAGUCAUGCUGGCCACAUGACCCGGAAGCUGUACGCCGGCUCCCUCGGCCAAUAAAGCGAGAUGAGCGUCGCAACCCCAGAGUUGGUCACGACUGGACCUAAUGGUCAGGGGUCUCUUUACCUUUAUUUCUGGUAUUAGUAUAGACAAGAGGUGAGGAGCCUUUUUUCAGCCUGAGAGCUGCAUUCUCUUCUGGGGAGGCCUGAUGACAUUGGUGGGCGGAGCCAGAGGCAAAAGUGGAUGGAGCAAUGGAUGCAAAAUACCUUUGCAUGAUAGGCUUGGUUUGACAUACCAUCUCGCUCCCCUCUAGCCUCCUUUCCUGGCCUGGGGAGAGUCCCAAGGGCCAGAUAGAGAGGCAUGGAGGGCCAUAUUUGGCUCCUGAGCCUGAGGUUCCCCACCCCUGGUGUAGACAAUACUGAGCUUGAUGUCAGGGCUUGAACCUGGGGCCAUCUGCAGCUUUCCCCUGGAUUUUCUGGGCUUCACAGCCCUUUGGCCUUUAUAUGUUUAUUGUAGCAAAUAUAUUUUUAUUAUACAGAUAAGUCUCUGGGGUUGGUAGGGACUAUGCUUACUGUAUCUCCUAAACUGAUCCCAUGUUGGUAGGUCUUUUUAUGUCCUUUUACUUAGAAAGGUGUGGUUUUUCACCCUCCACCCACCACAGGCAAUGCAGCGCUUGUUCUCCGGAGCAGGCUCAGAGUGAAAGUGCUCAAGGAGCACAAGGAGAAGAAGGCAAUGAUUCAAAACGGGAUCGAAGAGAAUGGGCUGAUUUCUCCGAGCCUAGAGAAGGAACUGUUCAAGCAAGCCACUCAAUAUCAGGUUCGUGCAUUUGGUGGGCGAGGUUUGCUUUUCUUCCAGGAGCAGCAGCAGCAACUACAACAAUGAAGUUAAUCUUAGUGAGUUACUAAAUUUAUAUCCCAUCCCUUCCUCCCGAAGGAGCCCAGGGCGUCAAACAGAUCCACUGUUUAAAAAAAACAAAGCAAUAGCAUUCUAAAACAGUUAAGCGUUAUAAGGGCAAUGACGGUGAAAAACAUUCCAAAAACAGUUACAGUCAGAAGCAUUAUUCCAUCCGGUGUUCUGGAUCCGGGAAUGGUAUGCUUCAGCCACCCAAUGCCUCACUGGAGAGGGAAGUUUUCCUCCUGAAAGUUAAUAAUGAUGGAGGCAGGCACAGCUCACUGUGGAGCUCAUUCCACAACCAGGAGCCACCACCGAAAAGGCCCUGCAAGGGGGUCAGUGCCAACCAGGAAGCCCCUAAUGGGACUGCCAAGUCCUCACCACAGUGAUGGUUUUGGUAAUAUAGUUAUGAGCAUGACAAUAUAAUAUUGAUGAUGAUAUUAAUAAUGGUAAUGUAAUAAUACAUUUAAUAUAUUACAUUUAUGAUUCGCUUCCCAUGAAGCAUCUUGAAGUGUCUUUGUAGAUAUAGAAAGCCAGCAUAACGUAGUGGUCAGUGUUGGACUAUGACCUGGGAGACCAGAGUUCAAAUCCCUACUCAGCCAUGAAGCUAACUGGGUGUGACCUCAGGGCCAGUUCACUGGGUCUCAGCAUCUAACCUACCUCAGAGGAUUGUAGUAAGGAUAAAAUAGGGAGAAGGGCAACUUGAGCUCUUUGAAGGAAAGGUGGGAUAUAAAUGGAAAAAGAAUUAAAAAUGGGUCAAGGGUUUCUGGCCCUCAGGCCCACCAGACUUCCCUGUUUGUCCCACAAGGCCACUUUGGGCAAGCCAUGCCCACUGUACACCUGAUGUCAUGUGUGUGGCAGAUAAGAGCAGAGCUUCAAAUGAAUAAUCAGGAACUUAAAGUGAGCUGUUGAUGGUUCUUUCAUUGAAACAAGGUGUGUUUCCAUCUUCCAUCAGCUGAUGGGCUGUGAGAUCACCUUUUGGGGGGAGGGUUUCCAUUGAAACCAUUGUUAAAGUGAAGGGGAGGAGUUCCAUUUUAGCAGUGGUUUCCAUGGGAACCGCUUCUCUCUUCUAGCAUUGCUCUUUGAACGUUGGAAAACUGGAAAUGUAUAGAGCAGUGUGGGGCUGUUUGAAAGCCCUUUUGCAAACAGUCCCACACUGAUCUUAGAACCACCAGUUUUAAGAGAGUUAAAGAGCAGCAUAGGGCUGGUUGCUAUUAUUUAUUUUUAUAUUUGUGGUUAUUUUUUAAAAAAAAACCAAGCACUUUUGGAAAGUGAAAUCGGGGGCGGGGGGGGGGGGAAUAGUCCACCAGACUUUUUGGAUUACAACUCCAAAUGACGCUGGCUGGCCCAUUAAAAAACAUUUAAGGCUUUCUUUCUGCAUGCUAAAAAUCGGUCAUAAAGUCAUAAAGCCAGACCCUUAUAAACCCUGUAGAAACACAACAGAUUUUACUACUUCCACACAAACACAAUACAGUAGAUCUUAAAACAGAAUGACUCUGGUUCAGAGUUCUAGUCAGCGUCAUCAAAUAUUUAACCUCUUUCGAAACAAACAAACAAAAAUGGUGUAUCUGAAGAAGUGUGCAUGCACACAAAAGCUCAUACCAAUAACAAACUUAGCUGGUCUCUAAGGUGCUACUGGAAGGAAUUCCCCCCCCCCCCCGACUACGGCAGACCAACACGGCUACCUACCUGUAACUUAACCUCUUUCGUAACUGUUCCGUUCCAUCAUCUGCAUUUCCUGUCGGCAGGUCCUGAAUGAAGUUGUGGUGGACCGGGGCCCUUCCUCAUAUCUUUCCAACGUGGACGUCUUUCUAGAUGGGCACCAUAUCACCACAGUCCAAGGAGAUGGUAAGCACGUUUUCUGUUUGCCAGAGAGCAGAGCGGGGCCCCUGCCUCCUUUGGGGGCUGGAGAGCAUUUUCUUUGCAUGCCUGGCAUCUCGAGAUGGGACUGAAACCCCUCAGGAGCUGCUGCCAGUCAGUGUUGGCAGUUGUUAGCUAGAUGGAGUCUGUCUCAGGAUAAGGGCACUUCCUAUGCUAAGGCGCCUUCCUGUACCCCUUAAGAGCAUUCAUAGCUGAGCUCUGUUUAGGUCCUUAAAUGGUUUGCCCCCAAGCUGUUUACUGGAGCGGCUGCACCCUUACAAUUAUCCUGCCUGCACUUCUAAGAUCUGCCUGCCCCUAGGUAGGUAAGGUUGGUUGGCAAGUUCCACUUCCCUUCCCUUCCCUUCCAUUGCACCUGCAUCAAAUUCCUACAUGGGAGGCUUCUCAGAAGGCCCCAUGGCCUUGCAGGCAGGACGUCCAUUAGCUGGGUGGUUGAACUGCCUCUGCCCCACUCCCCAGCUCUUAAUAGACUGUUGUUUUUAACUGCUUUGAAUGGGUGAGUGUCCCAACAAUAUUGGUUGCACAGUCCUGUUGAAAGGGAUGUUCCCAGUCCUAAGCCUAUAAAGAACAGGCAAGGCUAUAAUUGCGACUUGCGCUUGCUCUUUCCGCUCAGGUGUCAUCGUCUCCACACCCACGGGCAGCACGGCAUACGCCGCUGCUGCAGGCGCUUCAAUGAUCCACCCGAAUGUCCCUGCCAUCAUGAUCACCCCAAUCUGCCCACACUCGCUCUCUUUCCGGCCCAUUGUCGUUCCUGCUGGGGUGGAGCUGAAGGUGGGUCCUUAAUCAGUUUCCUUUCCCUCUCCAAAUUCUGCUAGUCACUGCGAGAUCUCUCCCCCUGAGAAUUGUCGCCUGAGCUUGCCUUUUUUUUCCUCCUUCUCCCUCCCAGUCCUUUGUUCCUUUUGUGUCGUGUCUCUUAGACUGAAAAGCGGGAGGGAUAAAAAUGCCUAACGAUUAAUGAAUUAGAAAGCUUUCCCGCCCACCAAACAAACAAGCUUUAAGCUGCCUGUUAUGUAACCAAACAAAACAUCGGUAUAAAAUCCAGCUCUCUCUCACACACCCGCCUUCCCUCCUGGCAGCCAGAGAGGUUAUUGCUUUCUUAAGCAAUGUGCCAAAACAUGUUUAAACCCUACUGAAAGGUCAGAUUCUGCUGAAGCAGUUUGCUGCUUUGUUUGAAAGGCGGUAUGGAAAAAUCAGUUUGCCUUCCCCUGGGCUCGGCCUUCUGCCUCCGCUGUUGGAGGUGCCAAUUGCUGGCAAUUUCAAGUGGGGAGAGUUGCUGUUCCACCCAGAUUGUGCUGGCCGGCUUCUUGUGGGCAAUCUGGCUGGCCCCUGUGAGAACAGGCCUAUUGGCCUGAUCCAGCAGACAGAAAUCUAAAAAAUUUAGAUCCCGGAAAUCAAUGUGCUUUCCCCUUCUCCUCAGAUCAUGCUGUCUCCCGAAGCCAGGAAUACAGCGUGGGUUUCCUUUGAUGGGCGGAAGAGGCAGGAGAUCUGCCACGGGGACAGGUGAGGAUGCCCUUCUGAGUUCUCUGUGCCACUCUUCUGUCGCUAAAUAUAUGAGGAAGAGCGGGAACGCCUGACUUGAGUCACGUCCACACCAUGCAUUUAAAGCACUCUUACACCACUUUAGCAGUCGUGGAGAAUCCUUGGAACUGGAGUUUGCUAUGGUGCUGGGAACUGUAGCUCUGUGAAAUCUUCACCCUUAAUAAACUAAAGUUCUCAGGAUUCUUUGGCGUAGGGGGGAAGCCCUGACUAUUAAAGUGGUGUGAGUGUGCCUUAAACGGUGUGGACGUGACUUCAGCAAACAUUCUCAUUCUUAUUCUUCAUAUCAUUUCUAUAGCACUUAAUAUUUUUAAGGGGGGAAAUCUCAGAGCGGCUUACAACUCAUUCAAGCAUCCAAUAGAGUAGUCCGCAAUAGAACAUUACUGAAGAAAGUCAAAUAUAAAGUAUACAUUCAAAGCAACAUCAUUAAUGGGAAAUGAAGACAAUAUUUUAGAUUCCUGUUAAUGACGUUUCUUUGAAUAUAUACUUUAUAUUUCUCAAAGAAAGCUUUACAAAAGGAGGUCAGCUACAAAAUGCACAUUUUAACACCCCAAAGUUAACAACAACAACAAGCCUUAAACAUUUCAAAAGAAAACAUUCCUAAAGGAAGACAACAUCUGCUUUAUCUAGAAAAGCUAGUGCCCAACAGCCAAUCCUGCUUUAUUGCAGAGGUGGGGGGAAACUGGUCCCUCCAGAUGUUGGACUCCCAACAAACCCAUCCAGCGUAGCCAGUGGUCAGGGAUGAUGGGAUCUGUAGUUGAGCAAUGUCUGGGGUAGGCACAGCUUCCACCUGCUUUAGUGCAGUCAAAUUGCCUUGGGAGCAGGCUUUCUUCUUAGGACAGUGGUACCUCCGGUUGCAGACGGGAUCCAUUCCGGAGCUCCGGUCAGAUCCCGAGGUUUCCGCAACCGGAGGGACCGCUUCUGUGCAUGUGUGCAUGGCAAAACACUUCCGGGUUUGCCGCUUUUGCAACCCAAAGUUUACGUUACCCGAGGGUAACGUAAGACAAGGUGCUACUGUACCUACAAAGGCCACGGAUGCCUGGCAGAAUUAUAAAGGCAUUCUCUGACUAGGAUGACUCUGACUUGUGUCCACUCACUUCAGUGGGUCUACUUUGAACAGGGCUCGUGUUGGAUACAACCCUGUGCAACUUUAGGGUUGGUGUCCAUCAUUCAGACCCAUCGAGGAAGCAAUUCACAAGUGGAAUAAAUAAGCUUUUAUCCUCCAUUGAACCUGUCCUGAGCUGAAGGCCAGCCCUAAUAACAAUUCUGUCUCUUACAGCAUCAGCAUUACUACCUCCUGUUACCCCCUCCCUUCAAUCUGUUUCCAAGACCCCGUAAGUGACUGGUUUGAUAGCCUGGCCGAAUGUUUGCACUGGAACGUCCGGAAAAAGCAGAACAACUUUGCUAUAGAUGAAGAAGAGGAGUUUUGA